AUGGCAUCAUUCAAAGAUAGGAUCAAGAGUUUGAUAAACAGGAAAUUCCGCAACAAGCGGCCGAGUCCAACUGCAGCCAGCGGAAACCAUGGGCACCAUUCCACGACCCAGGCAAUACAGACUAGAUCUGUCGCUGCGGAUGAACAAAACGCUCCAACGGCGCAACAGCAGCAACCAAUUGUCACUCAUAAUCGCAGCGCUGCGGACGCUCAGGCAGCAGCUACAACCACGGGUACUCUCCAGAUAGCGCUGGUCAAUCAAUCAAACUCCCAUCAAGCAUACGCAUACAUCWCCGGCCGAGCUAUCGACAACAACAACGCAGUCUUCAUCCUCUCCUCAGAUGGUAGGACCCCGUAUUAUCCACCAAGUCCCUCCUCAACAGGCUCGGCCAUCAACGCUAACAUCGCCAUCAAUCUUGGUGCUCCUGGACAUACUGUGACGGCCACUAUUCCCCGCAUAGCAGGCGGCAGGAUCUGGUUUUCAAUCGGCUCUCCACUGAUAUUCAAGGUCAACCCUGGGCCAGGCCUCGUCGAGCCUUCUGUCUUCAACCCCUCAGACCCGAACUUCGAUAUCAACUUUGGGUUCUGCGAAUUUACCUUUAAUUCUGCACAAGUCUUCGUCAACAUCAGUUACGUGGACUUUGUAAGCAACGUCCCCAUCGCUUUGACGCUGCAAGAUACAAGUGGUAAGACCCAACAUGUCAGUGGCAUGAAGGCCGAUGGACUCGCGACUGUUGCAGCGGGUCUACGAGCACAGACUGCCAAAGAUGGAAGACGCUGGAGCUCCUUGAUCCAGAGGAGCGGAGGAAAAGAUCUGAGGGCCUUGAGUCCCAACUCAGGGAUCACUUUGAAUCCUGACUGGUUUGCUUCGUACUGGACAGACUACGUGAAUCAAGUCUACAGCAAGUAUCGGUCCGACCCACUGAUCGUCAACACCCAGGGAUCCUUCUCCAAUGUCAGAGGACAGGUCAACGGUGGCAGUUCYCUAGACUUUGGAUCAGGUGGCACGUUUAGGAAGCCCACGAGCGCUGAUAUCUUCGGCAACUCUACGGGACCGUUCGCCACAGGCGGAAACGCCCAGACGAACGGUAUUAUUCCCAGACUGGCUGCAGGAUUCAACCGCAGUACAUUGCUGCUUUCUGAUACAACACCAAACGGCACGAACGCGUCGCAGUAUUACACCAACCCGACAACCAAUCACUAUGCACGUAUUGUCCAUUCUGCAAACGUAGACRGCCUUGGAUACGCCUUUCCCUAUGAUGAUGUAGCUCCGGAUGGAGGCAAAGGGCAGGAAGGGGCCAUCUUUAGCUUCUCGCCGACGCUGUUGACAGUCACUAUGGGUGGCAACAAUGCGCAUGCGGCUUGA